UUUGUUUUGUUUUUGUGGAGUUGUUUUUGUUUUGGCCAUUUGAUUUUUAUUCCAGGGUCAACAGGGAACUAUGGAAGGCUUUAAACUGGGCAAUGAUAAGGAUGAGCUGCCAUCAACGUCAGGUAGCCGCGACCUCGCCGCACUGGUUACUGGGAGUUGUAGUCCUGCCCGCUAGCGAGCAGGCAUGGCGGCCUCCAUUGCGGGAGCCUGUGGGGCCGCAGCGGGCCUGUGCCGAGGCUUCCGAGCCGCCGGGGCGCUGCUCCCCGCGCCAGCCUCCAUCGCCUGGCGGGCCCGCGUGGGGCCGGGCCGGCCGCAGAGCACGGGGCCUUCUGAGCCCGGCGCGUUCAAGCCGCCGCCGAAACCGGUCAUCGUGGACCGGCGCCGGGCCCCGCGUCAGGAGAGGAGGUUCUUGAGUCCUGAAUUUAUUCCUCCAAGGGGAAGAACAAAUCCUCUGAAGUUUCAAAUAGAAAGAAAAGAUAUGUUAGAAAGGAGAAAAAUACUCCAUAUUCCAGAGUUCUACGUGGGAAGCAUACUUCGUGUUACUACAGCUGACCUGUACGCCAAUGGGAAAGCCAGCCAGUUUCUGGGGAUCUGUAUCCAGAGAUCAGGAGCAGGCCUUGGAGCUACUUUUAUCCUUAGAAAUACUAUUGAAGGACAAGGUGUUGAGAUUUGCUUUGAACUUUAUAAUCCUCGAAUCCAGGAGAUCCAAGUGAUCAAGUUAGAGAAACGACUGGAUGAUAGUUUGCUAUACUUACGAGAUGCCCUUCCCGAAUAUAGCACUUUUGAUAUGAAUAUGAAGCCAGUAGCACAUGAACCUAGCCACGAAGUUCCUGUUAAUCAGCUGAAAGUAAAAAUGAAGCCUAAGCCCUGGUCCAAACGCUGGGAACGUCCAAAAUUUAAUAUUAAAGGCAUCAGAUUUGAUCUCUCUUUAACUGAAGAACAAAUGAAAGAAGCUCAGAAAUGGAGUCAGCCAUGGCUUGAGUUUGAUAUGAUGAGGACAUAUGAUACUUCAAAAAUUGAAGCUGCAAUAUGGGAUGAAAUUGAAGCAUCAAAAAAGUCCUGAUUCUGAGAAUCAGUUUGGUUAUUUGCAGAGGAUAUACUGACUCCCGGAGAAUUUAUUUAAAGACCAAUUUAAUUUCAUAUAUGAGGACAUAGUCAUUAAAUAACUAAACAUUGAUUUGUUUAUGAGUACUGUUGUAAAAAAAUAAAAUUAGCAUACCAGCUUA